AUGUUCAGACAAGUUUUCCGUCAAGUUACCAAACAAUCAUUCACUGGGGUUAAGAGAACUUAUGCCACCGAGGCCGCCGUGUCUACAGAUGCUUUGAAAUUAUCCUUGGCAUUGCCACACCAAACCUUAUACAACGACUCCGAAGUCCAACAAGUAAACUUGCCAUCUGUCAACGGUGAUUUGGGUAUUUUGGCCAACCACAUUCCAAUUGUCGAACAAUUGAGACCAGGAUUGUUAGAAAUCAUUUCCAAAAACGGAGACUCUGACCAAUACUUUGUCAGCGGCGGUAUCGCCAUGGUCCAACCAGGAAACAAGUUGACUAUUUCCGCCAUCGAAGCAUUCAAGACCGACCAAAUUGAUCUCUCUGCCGUCAAAAACUUGAUUGCCGAUGCCCAAAAGAGAGCUGAAUCUAGUGAUGAAAAGGUCGCUGCUGAAGCCAACAUCGAAUUGGAAGUGUUAGAUGCUUUACAACAUUUUACUAAGUAA